AUGUCAGUAAUAGAUGUCUGUGACAAAAAAAUGUCCAGUUUUAGUAAUACUUUUAGACGACUUGGUUUAAUAUUGACAAAGACAACUAUUACGCCGAAGGAUUAUAUCACUUUAAACAGCCUCCAGGAAGAAAAUAUUUCCAUGUAUCCGGAUUUAAAUUUCACGCAGGAUAUUUCAAUGUCCGAGAAAAGUGAUCAUCAUAUACUAAAUUUCAAAUCUGACCGGAGUUAUUCUGAUACUGUGAGAAAUGAGCGAGAAGUCGAUAAGGUUCCACUUGCAAAUAUUUCUAUCACUCCAGAAUCUAUCGAAAGCAAGCCAACAUCUCUCAGAGCAUUUGUACAAUUUGACAGUCAAUUUACAGAAAAAGUAAACGACAUUUUUGUGACAUUGAGAUGGAAUCAACCUGAAUUUACCGAUGAAAUAAUACAGGGAUACACAGUGCAAUGUUUUUUCAUCGAGGACUUAAAAGAGAUUCAAAUCUGCGAUGAUAAAAAUAUUACAACUAUAAAAUUGGAGCACACGGUGCACAAUCUAACAUCUAACACGACAUAUUAUUUUCGAGUACGUGCGCAUACUAAAAUUGUUGCUGGUCCUUACACGGAUUUAAUCAAUGUGUCGACUACGCAUGAAAAUCCAAUACCUAAAUUAUUAGUCACAUCGAGAAAAGGUAUUCACAUAUUGGACAUGGAUUUAAACACUACUUAUUUCGUGUCAGAGUACGUAUACUGA